CUGAGCGCCACGGCUUGAAAUACACAGCGCGACUCGAUUUCAAUUUGAAUAUGUAUUUGAUUGGUUAUUGUUCCCUUUAUUCUUCUAUUUCUCAUUUCUUUUCCCAUUUGCCGAUUCACUCUUACAAUUUGCGGGGCAAAAGAUAUAUACAGCAGCAUACACAACACCGAAUAACAAAAACAAAGCGCAAAAUAUACACGAUGGUCUAGUCUAAACGUAUCGUCUUGAUGAUGCGUACCGAUUUCGCGUUCUACACUUUAUUACUCCUUUGGAUUAACGACGACGAUGCUGUAGCUAGCAAAAAAUCGACUCAUUUUUUCCGUCGUCGACGAAAAAUUCAAACGAAAUAGAAUUGAAAAAAAAAACAACAACAUCACGAUAUUUGGCAAAGCGUAUUGAUUUAAAGAAACGGAUUAUACCGGAAAAUCGUUGUUCAAAACAAAAAUACAAUCUCAUUCAAAGUUGAAGACUUUUUUUUCUCUCGCGAAAAUAGUGAGCAGUUUCGUUAUUUCCAAAUAAUACUUACAUUUAUUUAGUUGUGACAAUCGAUUUUAUUCAUAAAAUCCGUCGAUAGAAUUUUUUUUUUUUUAAAUAAAUCAUGAUGCAAAACCAAAAAACAAUUUCCAUUGUUAAUUAAAAACAUACACAUUUAAAUAGUGUAUUUUUUUUAACUCAAAAACUCAGCCGAUUUUAUUUGAUCAACGGAGUUACAUUACACAAAGAAAAUGGAUAUGAAAAAAAAAUAUAUAGAAGUCAACACAUUGUCGCAUUGAUUAAUAAAUACCACACAUUUUAAUUUCGUGCCAAUCGUUCCGAAUCGAGUUUAUUGGGAAAAUCGAACGAAUGGAUAAAAAAAGAGCCUCAAUAGGUUUCGCGUUAUAUUAAUAUAUAUUUGUCUGUGUUCAUUUCGAAUUUUCACUUACUCGUCGAUUCUGGCACAAUUUCAUUUGUUAUUGUUACCGUUUUUUUUUUGCCGUUAUUAUUGUUGUUACUCACUCGCGGUGCUAAAAAUAUAAUCGUGAAAGUGUAUAUAAAAAAGAGUAGCGGUGUAAAGGACGUUUUUUUAAAGCAACAUUGGUGUGCAUGAUCGUAAGAACCGCGGCAUGAUGAACGCAUACAAAUGUAACGAUUGAGAGGAAAAUCAAACGAACAAUUCACAAAUACGCACCGACCAAAUUCCGAAUUUUGAAAAAUAGAUGUGCAAAUAAGUGUGCGGUGCAUGUCAAUUUUUAAUUCAACGGACACUGCCAUUGAUAUACAUAAAUAUAUUUUUUUCUCUAUUUAUCUGUCUUUCUUAUCUUGUUACAAUCAAUCAUUUGUUCUUUAUUAUAUUUAUCGUGUUCGAACACUUUUAUGUUCGAUCGAAGUUGAAUCCACAUUUUAAAUCCAAAAUCCGGAGAAAAUUUAAACGUAUUUGCUAGCUAAAAAAGUGUGUGCAUUCCGGCUGAUUCACAAUGAAUUUAAUGUUUCGGAAAAACUUUCGCGAAGGUGCUAAAUCGAGCGGUGGCGGUGGUGUAAAAUUAACAUCAAAAGUAAAUCGAAGCCAAGGGAAACGAUCUCGCGAUAUGGGAUAUGGCAAUAAUAUGGAUGCUGAUGUGCAUUAUAGAACACACCUAUUUUUUUCACCAAAUAGAGGUGCCAGUUCAAGUGACUUUGAAGAGCGUUGUGGUCCAAUCGGUGCAUCUAUAUCAAUAUCGUUGCCACAAUGUGAUGUAGAUGUGCCACAGCCAAUAAUCGAUCGCAGACCAUCUAUGUCACUUUUUAAAUGGGGUGGCAGUCAAAAACGAACCGAUGCACCAACACCAACAGCUGCCAGACAAGUUAGCUUUAGUGGCAAUGGUAAUAAUAUUGUUGUUGGCACACGAAAUGAACCAAUAUCAUUAUCCACAUUGGAUAGAGAUUGUUUUAUCAUACCUGUACACAGUUUAGAUCGAUUUCUUCCAGCUGGAAUACCCCUUCCACCACCAUGUGAUUCAGUAGAUGUUAAAGCACAAGGUCCAUUAAGUGUUUUAGAGGUAGCCGAUCCAAAAGUAUGUGUACUGGCACAUUUAAUGAGUCCAUUAGAACCGAUCGAUCCGAUCAUUGAAUCGCCGCUAAGUCAUCCGUUGCUGAAACAACGUGCCAUCGCUUCAGAGCUUUUGACUGAGGUACAACAAGCAAAUACCGCUAUUGGUGGCAUGCUUCUCGUAAAUAUGGAACGAAAUUCCGAUUUUCCAUUUAUCGCCUACUAUUUGAUAAACACUCAACAAACUGAUCCGGCCAACUUUUAUUCGGGCAUUCGAGGCUCAUCGCUUUCAAAAUUCGAACCGAAAAAGUUACGAUAUACAGCGGCGCAUACAUUGGACCUAUACUCAGAAGUGGCAUCCAUAUGUCGACCACCGUUAGCAUUGACAGGAAGUGAAAUGGGUAGCUUUAAGAAAACACAAACACCAUCGACCGGAUACAUAAUCAGCGUAUUUAAGGUUUUUGAAGGUGACGAUGGUGAACGAUUCGAAAAAAAUUGGCUCUAUUGGACCGGUGCCCGAAUGCUAUAUAGAUAUUUGCCAAGAUCGGUUGGCAUGCGGCGCAUCGCAUUGCACAAAAGUAUUUCGGCCAGAGGUGAUAAAAUGUACCUUCUUGUAUGUGAAUGCUCUGAUCUGUUGACGGAAAUUUCGUCGGCAGCGGUAUUGAUACCAACGAUUCGAGCUCGUUUAUGUGGCUACACAGGACUUUAUCGACCAAUUCAAGCUUUCUAGGCUAAUCCACACACACAUAUACACAAACAUUUAUCUAAUUUAACCAAAUAGUUGAAGAAGAAAAAAAUGAGAAAGAAUGCAAAUAAAUUGCAUUUGAAUAUAUUUAAAAUCAUGACAGGAAUUUAAAAAAAAUCAACCUGGAAAACCAAUUUGAAAGUAUGCAUGCGAGCAAUUAGCGAAUAAACGGAUGGGAAACGGGCAAAGUCGAAAUGUACACGCGCGCAAAAAAACAUAACUAAAAUUCAAAUGAGAAAAAAAUGAACCUGUUUUAACCGUCGACAAUGACACCUUAUCAUACAAAUGUUGUGUAUAUAUGUAAACUAAGUAUAUUUUAAAAUGCCGUGUUUAUUUUUUUACCUGCGCGAACGUAAUUGCAAUUCAGCUCUUUUAUUAAAAUGGUUCAACAAUUUAUUGGGACACAAUUCACUCAUUUUCUUCAAUUUUUUCAGUUUUUUGUUGAAUUUGUUAAAAUUUCGUUUCAUUUUGAUGAUAUGUUAAAAUUCGUUGAAUAAAAUUGAUACAGAAAUGGAAUGUUGCUUUUUUUCGAAACGAAUCUUGAAUUAAAUAUGCCAUAUACGCAUAAAAAUUCAUAAAUCGGUGCUCAUGAACCGAACACAGAAAAAGCUACGUAGCAGAGCUAUACAUGUCCACUUAUGUGGAAUGCAAAAAAUUACACAUUUCUUAAAAUCAUAUCGAGCAAUAGAGCAAUUUGAUGAUGAUAUUUUUUUUACUUUAACUCAAUCAUAUUGUUGUAGAAUGCAUAUCAAGUUUAAUUACUUUUCAGAAAUAUUUGUUCUUAUACCAUCGAUUUGAUUCUUUUAAAGUCCACUCCACAACCAGACUUGGUGGGUGUUUUUAAAGAACCACACACAUGAAAAUAUAUAUCAAUGAAUUACAGAUUGCAUCGUUUAAAUAGGGCAAAAACUUUGACAUUUGAAUACCAAAAAAUGAACACUGUAGCAAAAAAAAAUAACGAACACUUUUUGAUCAUACUACUCUUCACUGUGAAUAUUUAUAAAGAUACACAGCAAUUAGAAGACAGUCGAAUUAAGUUUAUGGAUCACAGAAUAAAGACUUUCGCCUAUGUGCCAAUAUUGGCAAAACAAGAAAAAAAAUAUUGCCACGCAUACUAAUGCAAAGAUGCUUGAGAUUUAUUAAGCAUAAUUGUUUUUUUCUUCGCUGAAUAGAAGGGGCCUUUGAUUAAAAUAAUACGUAGAAAUUGAAUAUAUAUAUAUCAUACUAUACAAUUUACUCUUUUCUUUCCUAUUUCAACCAAUCGAUUAACAAUUUUAACGUAGAACUUAACAAAACCAUACUUUUACUACAGAAAUAAGCGAAUCGAUUUUAUUUUAAUGAGAACAAAGGAAUCAAAACAACUUUUUUCGCAAACUUAAUCAAACCAAAUACGUACUAUGCUAGUAUUAAAGUGAAACCAACAACAACAACAACUAAACAAAUUAAGUAGAUAUUCACAUUCUAUAUUGAUACAUUUUUGAAAUAAUUGCUAAAGCACCAAAUCUUCCAAAAAGUAGGUCAUAAAAUGGAAUUAAGCAGAUGCAAAAGCACUGUUUACUAAAUUAUUAUUAAAAAAAUAAUAGAUAAAUUAUAAGGAAUUUGAACCUCAACACUUGAUUAAAAGAAAAACUGUGAUUCUGGUUAACAAAAUGUAUUGAACCAAUCAAAUUAAAAAAAAAAAUUGCAUUACAAAGGAUGAACGUAAGCGAUAAAGCAUGUCAAUAUUAGGGAAUUUAAAAUGGAAUGUAAAUUGUUACAAGAAACGUUCACUUACAAUUCACACUCAAUAUUGCUUUAAAAUUGUCAAUAUAUCUACAUAAAAUUGAUUAAACAAAAAAGAAAUCGGCAGAGAUUUGGUGAGCCAUGCGUUUUUGUGACGAAUCAACCGGUUAUUAUUGCUUCUCUCAACAAAGCUUUAAAACUAUUUUCAAAUAAUUAUAGAUAAAUUAGAAUUAAGAGGCAACAAUAUUAAGGCCCGAAACGUGUUUUUCAUGAAAUUUGACGGAUGUUAAAAAUGUCAGUUUUUUUCACUCUCUCUCUCUCUUUCUCUCUCUCUCUUGCAUUUCAUUUAAAACAUUCGGUUUUUUUCCUUUCUUCAUUCGAU